GAAAGGGGAGGGUCUCAGUGGGGGCUGGACUCAGGUCACCUGAGGGCGGGGGAGGACUCCCGGAGCACGGGGCGGGGGUGCGUGGGACUACUGACCGAUACCCGAGGGGCGGGGUCCUGACCGGGUGCCGGGGGUUAGGCCUCUCCCUCCUGGGGUUCAGGUGUGCGCCUCGCCCGGGCCCCUCCCUGCCCUGCGAGGCGGGGCUAAGCGGAGAGCGCCCUUCCUGUUCCUGGCUGGGUGUCCGCAGCUCGAGGGGCGCCGCAGAGGACCAGGCUCGGGGGUCACAAUGAAUAAUCCUAUACCUUCCAAUUUGAAAUCAGAAGCAAAAAAGGCUGCUAAAAUUCUAAGAGAAUUCACGGAAAUAACUUCCAGAAAUGGACCGGAUAAGAUCAUUCCUGCUCACGUAAUCGCUAAAGCCAAGGGCCUUGCGAUUUUGUCUGUGAUAAAAGCUGGAUUUCUGGUAACUGCUAGAGGAGGCAGUGGGGUCGUGCUGGCACGUCUUCCAGAUGGAAAAUGGUCUGCACCUUCAGCCAUUGGGAUAGCUGGGGUUGGUGGAGGAUUUGAAAUAGGAAUUGAGGUAUCAGAUUUGGUAAUAAUCUUGAAUUAUGACAGAGCAGUCGAAGCUUUUGCAAAAGGUGGUAACCUGACACUUGGAGGGAAUUUUACUGUGGCGGUUGGGCCCCUGGGAAGGAAUUUAGAAGGAAAUGUUGCCCUGAGAAGUUCUGCUGCUGUCUUUACAUACUGCAAAUCAAGAGGACUCUUUGCUGGCAUAUCUUUAGAAGGCAGCUGUUUGAUUGAAAGGAAAGAAACUAAUCGAAAGUUUUAUUGUCAAGACAUCCGAGCUUAUGACAUUUUAUUUGGAGAAAUACCACGGCCUGCUCACGCGGAAGAUCUUUAUGAAAUUCUUGACUCCUUUACUGAAAAGUAUGAAAAUGAAGGACAACGAAUCAAUGCAAGAAAAGCAGCAAGGGAACAGAGGAAGGCUGCUGCUAAAGAAUUACCCCCGAAACCAUUGUCAAGACCACAGCAGUCGUCUGCACAAGUCCUGCCGAACUCUGACUCCCAAGGUAACAGAAACAAAUAUAAGCUGUACCCUGAACUUGCCAGCUAUCAGGAGAGAGCCGGCAAUUUGAAUCAACCCAUUGAAGUGACUGCAUUGUAUUCUUUUGAAGGACAACAGCCAGGGGAUUUGAAUUUUCAAGCUGGAGACAGAAUCACAGUUAUAUCAAAAACAGAUUCACACUUUGAUUGGUGGGAAGGAAAGCUCCGAGGUCAAACUGGCAUUUUUCCAGCCAACUAUGUUACCAUGAAUUAAAGUUUAUAUUAUUUUCUUCUUUGAGAGUUAUAAAACAUUUAUUUUUCCACUGGCAGGAUUUACUCUCCAGUUAAGCAAUGUUUAAUAUAAGUUUUAAAAUACUUCUCUUUAUUCUAUAAACUUUUAUCUAAUAUGUAAAAGAUUUUUUAUCUCUAUAAAUGGUUAACUUACUUAUCUUUAAAUACUUUGUACUAACUUUAUCACAUAUACUGCUUAAUAGUUAAUAUGCUCCAAUUCAUAUGGUCACAGUCCUUUUGUGUUCAUUUUCAACCAUCACUAAACCUGUGAUUGGCUCUGUAUAUGGUCAUUGCUUAUUCUAAUUUGAGAAUCUUAAGGGUAAGGGCAUGAAUACCAACUCAUGUAUUUCUGUUUGCAAAGAGACUAGAGAAGGAAUCAGCUUAACAAAGGUAUUAAGUAAUCCUUCUAGUUGUAGGUACAAGCUAGAAUAUGAAUCCUUAAAAAUGAUUUUUAUUUCUUCAAACAUCACAUAUAUGUAUAUUGGUAGCAGAAACAUGCUGCUGCAAAGUUCAGCCACUCUGCAUUAAACAAAGAUGACGUUAACUUUUCUUCUGCGUGAGGUUAUGUUUAUUCAUUUCUAGUAGGAGAACCAACUGAUGUUGACAUGGCCUCGUUGU